AUGAACUCCCCUUCUGUUUUAUUGAAAAAACAAAUGAAGGAAAAAGUGGAGAAUAUGAGCGUAGCCAUUGGAUCAUCCCCUCGACGGAAUAGUAGCAUCAGCAGCAAUAACAACACUCCGUAUGGCUCACCAAGUUCUACCAAAUCAUGGUUUGAAAUGGUGGAGGGCGAUGAUGAUAGCGAGCUCUAUUCUGACGAGCAUUUCCAGAGAAUCACAACACCUGACAUCCUUCAGCCUCUUUCAUCACCCAUGUCCGUAAAUGGUAUUUCACCUCCCAUGAGCGAUGAUGAGGAAGACGAAGCGGCUAUUCAUCAUGAACUGUCUAGCCCGGAAGAUGAGACAUCGGGUCCUCACAUGCUCAGAAGUCGAUGGACCAUAUUUUACGAUCAAGGGUUCAAGUCGGGUACAAAUCCCGAAGACUACGAACAUUCAAUUAAUCAAAUCGGAUCAUUUGAUAGUAUUGAAGAUUUUUGGAGAUAUUGGAAUAAUAUUAAUCUGCCAUACUACAAAAUGCCUUCCUAUCUCAAUUUGAGAUUAUUUAAAGAAGGUAUUAAACCUUUAUACGAAGAUCCAAAGAAUAUUGAUGGAGGACGGUGGGUCAUACAAACUCAUAAAAAAGAUUCACGCCAAGCCACAUGGAAUGAAAUUGUUCUAGCUGUCAUUGGCGAGAAGCAUUUUGCUGACAAGUAUGAAGUGAAUGGUAUUGUAUUGAGCAGCAGAAAAACAUAUGACGCCAUUCAGAUCUGGAAUGGCUGCAUGCUCGAUAGAAAACACAUUCAAUACAUCAUGAAGAAAAUCAGGAGCAUUUUGCAAAGUAUUAACACUGACGACACCACUACGAUAGAAUAUCAGGCCAACAGAGGAGUUAAAAGAUACAACGAAAAGGAGACCAUUCGGAAAUCAGUUUUACAAGCUCUUAGAAAUCAAGUUGGAUUUACUUCAUUCUCUCCCCCUUCAUCUCCUUCUUUAAAUUCUCCUUCUUUCCCUCCAAUGAUGAUUUCUUCUUCCACCAAACACCUUUCUCCCCUCUCUAAUCCAGCGAAUAUGCAUACAGCUGCCGACUUUUUACCUCCCCUCUCACUUGAAGAAUUGGAGUCAGAGUUGUUAAAACCAUCGGAUUCCAAGGACGCUAUCAAUCCUCAAUCAACAGCUUCAACAUUCUCCACAACAACCAAUAAUGAUGUACAGAAAUCGAAUGGCCUUACAUGCAAUAGCACUUCUCUUCCAUCCAUGCGUAACGAUAAGGGAACAUCUCAAACCACUCCAAACACAUUGUACAGUGCUGGUCAUUCUAUUGGACGUGCAAGCGGCGGAUUUGUUGUAGGACGAGGAUUCCAUCUAAAUUCUAGAUCUUCGAGAGUACACAAUAACAACUCUCAGAAAUCUUCUGCUGUCGUUGUGGAAAAGGACGUUACCGAUGAUCAACCAAGUCACAUUGAACAAAAGAAUUUUAUUAAGCAAUCACAACACACUGUAGAUAAGCUCAAAGAAACUAAUCAGGAAGAAAAUUACUGCUCCACUUCUUCCCAUAGUGACGAAGAAGAAAGUGACGGCGAUACAGAUGUUUCGACAACAUCAUCGACCAACAAUGCUCAACAAGAUAGUGAAGAAGAGUAUUCUACUACCGAGGAAAUGCAAACAACAUCAUUCUCUGUAGCCAAAGAGAGCGUCAGGCAUAACAAUGGUGAAGUGUUAAAAUUAAUUUCACUGUUUGUAAUGGCAGUCAUUUGGCAAAUUAUCAAUACGACGAAGUAA